AUGGACGUGGAUAUUCUCUUUGGUGAUUCUGAUGUUGAUGCGGAGUCAGUUGAGCCGGUGGCUGUGAACGAUGGGCCGACUGUGCCCUCGAUGGGCGCAGAGGGAAGGCCUCGGGCGACGCAGCUCGCUAUCUCGAUCAGCCCCGCGACCACCCAAGGCCGGCUAAUAAUACCCCGGGCCCCGCUGGCGCCUCCUGGGCGCGGCGUUGCCACGUCGCCCCGGCCCAUCCCGAACAUCCGGGACGCUCCUGACGGGCGGCGCAACUCCGCAGGCGGAACCCUUCCGCCCGGCCUACUGACCGGGACCGCCUCGCUAGACAGCAUUCCACCAGGCCUACUGCCCGGGACCGCCUCGCUAGACAGCCUUCCACCCGGUCUACUGCCCGGGACCGCCUCGCUAGACAGCCUUCCGCCCGGCCUACUGCCCGGGACCGCCUCGCUAGACAGCCUUCCGCCCGGCCUACUGCCCGUGACCGCCUCGCUAGACAGCCUUCCGCCCGGCCUACUGACCGGGACCGCCUCGCUAGACAGCCUUCCGCCCGGCCUACUGACCGGGACCGCCUCGCUAGACGGCAUUCCACCAGGCCUACUGCCCGGGACCGCCUCGCUAGACAGCCUUCCACCCGGUCUACUGCCCGGGACCGCCUCGCUAGACAGCCUUCCGCCCGGCCUACUGCCCGGGACCGCCUCGCUAGACGGCAUUCCACCAGGCCUACUGCCCGGGACCGCCUCGCUAGACAGCCUUCCACCCGGCCUACUGACCGGGACCGCCUCGCUAGACAGCCUUCCGCCCGGCCUACUGCCCGUGACCGCCUCGCUAGACGGCCUUCCGCCCGGCCUACUGACCGGGACCGCCUCGCUAGACGGCAUUCCACCAGGACUACUGCCCGGGACCGCCUCGCUAGACAGCCUUCCACCCGGUCUACUGCCCGGGACCGCCUCGCUAGACAGCCUUCCGCCCGGCCUACUGACCGGGACCGCCUCGCUAGACGGCAUUCCACCAGGCCUACUGCCCGGGACCGCCUCGCUAGGCAGCCUUCCACCCGGCCUACUGACCGGGACCGCCUCGCUAGACAGCCUUCCGCCCGGCCUACUGCCCGUGACCGCCUCGCUAGACAGCCUUCCGCCCGGCCUACUGACCGGGACCGCCUCGCUAGACAGCCUUCCGCCCGGCCUACUGACCGGGACCGCCUCGCUAGACGGCAUUCCACCAGGCCUACUGCCCGGGACCGCCUCGCUAGACAGCCUUCCACCCGGUCUACUGCCCGGGACCGCCUCGCUAGACAGCCUUCCGCCCGGCCUACUGCCCGGGACCGCCUCGCUAGACAGCCUUCCGCCCGGCCUACUGCCCGUGACCGCCUCGCUAGACAGCCUUCCGCCCGGCCUACUGCCCGGGACCGCCUCGCUAGACAGCCUUCCGCCCGGCCUACUGCCCGUGACCGCCUCGCUAGACAGCCUUCCGCCCGGCCUACUGCCCGUGACCGCCUCGCUAGACAGCCUUCCGUCCGGCCUACUGCCCGGGACCGCCUCGCUAGACAGCCUUCCGCCCGGCCUACUGCCCGUGACCGCCUCGCUAGACAGCCUUCCGCCCGGCCUACUGACCGGGACCGCCUCGCUAGACAGCCUUCCGCCCGGCCUACUGCCCGUGACCGCCUCGCUAGACAGCCUUCCGCCCGGCCUACUGCCCGGGACCGCCUCGCUAGACAGCCUUCCGCCCGGCCUACUGCCCGGGACCGCCUCGCUAGACAGCCUUCCGCCCGGCCUACUGCCCGUGACCGCCUCGCUAGACAGCCUUCCGUCCGGCCUACUGCCCGGGACCGCCUCGCUAGACAGCAUUCCGCCCGGCCUACUGCCCCCUUCCACCCGGUCUACUGCCCGGGACCGCAUCGCUAGACAGCCUUCCGCCCGGCCUACUCCCCGGGACCACCUCGCUAGACAGCAUUCCGCCCGGCCUACUGCCCGGGACCGCCUCGCUAGACAGCCUUCCACCCGGUCUACUGCCCGGGACCGCCUCGCUAGACAGCCUUCCACCCGACAGCCUUCCACCCGGUCUACUGCCCGGGACCGCCUCGCUAGACAGCCUUCCACCCGGUCUACUGCCCGGGACCACCUCGCUAGACAGCCUUCCACCCGGUCUACUGCCCGGGACCGCCUUUCAAGACCUGAGCCCCCGGGCAAGCCGGAAGGGCCGGCUGCGGGCGCCAGACAGCGCCGCCGGUCUUCGCGCGGGGCAGCUGCCGCGCCCUUGUCUCGCCGCGGCCAUGAUGCCAGCUGCCGGCGGUAG